ACCCACGUGGCGCAGUUGAAAUUCGGAAGUGUGCGCUUCUUCCGGUUCCGCGUUCUCUUCGCCGGAGUUGCUACGUGUCUUAAGAGGCCUCAUUUGGUGGCAGCGUCUGAGCGUAACGACUAUUUCUCCAGAAUUAGUCCGAGAAAAUAACCGAAAGCAAAAGAAAACCAGUCUGUAUAUGCACAGAAUGCCUUCUUCCCAUUUUCUUUUCCUAUAAAAACUGAUGACUAUAAAAACAGUUCAUCAUGGAUCAAGUAAUGCAAUUUGUAGAGCCCAGCCGCCAGUUUGUGAAAGAUUCCAUCAGACUUGUUAAAAGAUGCACAAAACCAGAUAGAAAAGAAUUCCAGAAGAUUGCCAUGGCAACAGCAAUAGGUUUUGCAAUAAUGGGAUUUAUUGGUUUCUUCGUAAAAUUGAUCCAUAUUCCAAUCAACAAUAUUAUUGUCGGUGGCUAAACAAAUCAGGAAGACAUUACUUUGUGCAUGGUAAAAUAACAGAUAAUGUGGACUUUCUGACUUAAUUGUCUGUGUAGAUCUUCCUCAUAACUUGUCAAUAUAAACUAGAUUUUAAAAUAAAA